CCAGAGUCUUCUUCGCCGACCCCUCUCUCUCUUCUACGCAUCUCUUCGGUUUCUUCAACUCCUCUUCAUCUUGUUUGUAAUCAAUUGACUCCUUGCUUCUUCAACUCGUAAUUUUUUUUGGUCGGAAAGGUUAUAGAAUCGUAUUUCUAAUCCCUCAACGCGUUUUAUUUCUCUGCGGGUCAUGUUUAUAAUUUUUUUUUGAUAAAAAUUCAUUUUCCUCGUUUCGUUCUCCAAAAAAUCGGAAGAAUGGUUUUGGACUGGAGGAGACAAAGUCAGGGUCUGCAUCAUCCAGUGCUUAAUACUAAAUGUAAAUCUUGGUUUAUUGGAAGAAAGUGCUUCAAUUCUUAGGAAGUCUUGAGGAGACAUUCAAAUUCCGGAGUACUGAUAAGGUUUUGAUAAUGCCAAACCGCCGUGAACGAGACAAGUCAUUGAAUAUACAAGGCGAGAACAAAAGAUGAUAAGAAAGAGAACAAGGUCCAAAAGAAGACCAAGAACGAAGACCGUAGUCUUAGUGUCGUUGAGUCGGUCACAAUUGUGAUCAAGACCGACCCAAUCAUUACACCUUGGCUCUUUAGGCUAAAAUUAUUUUCAUUGCAUUUCACAUCAUAAAAAUGUUUUUCAAACAUGUUUAAAACAUUAAAAACACUUGGUGUUCGCCCAAACCAAAAACCAAGCCAUCCGGCGUUCGGGUUUCAGAAACCGGCGUUCGGCAUUCGGUUUUCGGCGUUGGUUUUUGGUGUCCGAACUAAACAAGUGGUUUUCAACUUUUUAUGAUUGAUUUUUACUUCUGGGCACAUUUAAAUAGUUUUCCAUCAAAAACACUUCAAAAACCACCUUUCGUUUUUUUGUCGUUUGAUAAAAACCAUGCGAACGGCAUAAACUUGGCUAGCCGUGGUUUUUACUUAAAUGAAGUGGUUUUCAAGUCUUUUUGUGUAGUAAUUGUUUUUGAAUGCAUUUAAAUGGUUCUCCAAUCAAAACAUCAUGAAAACCACCUUUCGGUUUUGUUUUUGGUAAAAACCACCCGUGUACGGCAUUGACUUGGUCAUCCGUGGUUUUUACCUUAACGACAUAGUUUUCAACAUACAAAGCUUAUUUUGACAUCAAAAUACAUUAAAUAAGUGUUUUAAACACUUAGUUUUUACUUUGGAGAACUUUGCAUUUUUCGGUCGGGUUUCAGUGCCGGUCGGCUAAGCCAUGGUUCUGGACUAAGCCAUCUACCCAGCGAUGGUAGAUUUCACCUAUGCAUGGGAAAGUGAUCUUGGGAUUCCAGAAUCAUUUCACCCAGCGAUGGGAGAUAUUACCCAUCGAUGGGUAAGCAGCCUUCAGCCCAAUUGAAUUCCAGAACCAUGCCAAACAGCGAUGGGAAGCUCUACCCAUCGCUGUUCAAGCCUUGGUCCAACAUUAUCACAAGGCAGAAUGCCCUUACCCAGCGAUGGGAAGCUUUAACCAUCGAUGGGAACCCAGCGAUGGGAAGGCUUAACCAUCGAUGGGAAGACAUAACCGUUGGAAGUCAUUUAAGGCUGAUUCUUUCCUUGUUUGGAAGUCAACUUCCCACCCAGCGAUGGGAAGCUUGUACCCAUCGAUGGGUAGGUGACCGUUGGCUUCAAAACUGAAGGAAAUUUGGCUUACCAGCGAUGGGUGAGUCUAAACAUCGAUGGGAAGCCAAUAUCCUGCAAAUCCCAAAUUUAUUCAAUCCCAUAAAUCAAACCAAUCACCCCUUUAAUGUAUUGGUCCGUUGGAGCCUAUUUUGGCACUAUAAAAAGGGUUGUUUGGGUCUGCUUUACACAUGAAUUCACUUCACAAUAUUCAUAUUAUCAUUGCAUCCAAACAACAUUAUUUUCCAUAGCUUUCUAGAGCCAAUUUGUGAAGUUUGAGUUGUUCUUGAGCGUAUAUAGUUUACUCAACAUCCAUUCUUAAAAAGAGUCUUGUUCUUGAGUGUUCUUAGUGUUGUAAACACGUUUAGAGAAGCUUGUUUCCCUUGGUUGUACGAAGGAAAGGUAUUUUCCUUCCGGUUGAAGUUGGAGUGCGGUAUCUCCGAGCAAGUGUUGUUGAGGCUCGUGGGACUCGAGUUCUCAGGUUGU